GCCGUCGCGAGCCGCUGGGGCCGUCUUCUCAUCGCGCCUCCUCCGCCGCCGCCGUCGUUGUUGUCUUUGUUAGCCCCGAGUUUGUUCGGCGGCGAACGAUUCGCCGCGGCUCUUUGUUGUUGUCGUCGAGUUUUGUUUUUUCUCCCAAUCAAGACCAAAGAGGGAAAAAUCCCGUCGCCAGCGCUCGGCAGCGGGACUCGCUCUCAACGCCGCCUCGCUCACGAUGUCUGAUCAGGAAACGAAGCCUGCUGCUGAUGGAGAAAAACCCGAAACAAAGGAAGGCGAAUACAUCAAGCUCAAAGUGAUUGGACAGGACAACAGUGAAAUUCACUUCAAGGUGAAAAUGACUACACAGCUUAAAAAACUUAAGGAAUCAUACUGCCAGAGACAGGGUGUCCCAGCAAACUCUGUGCGGUUCCUCUUUGAAGGACAGAGAAUCAGUGACCAACAAACUCCAAAAGAGCUUGGCAUGGAAGAUGAAGACGUGAUCGAGGUGUACCAGGAGCAGAUGGGAGGGACGCACACGGCUUGACAGACACCACAUAACCCCACCGCAAACACUGUUAGCAGGGAUCUUAUCCAGCACCAAAACCUUUUCUCUCCCUCAGUACACUGCUUUUCCAAACAAUUUUUUUUAAGACACAUUAAACGUGGUUUAGUAAUAUUGGUAAGAAACUAAUGUUUGAUAAUUGACUUACCUUGGAUGCUUUCGUUUAAAGCAGACUCAUGCGUUCAUCUGGAAGUGUGCUUUUGGCAUACUUGACAUGUAUGAGCAGAUAGCCAUAAUUGUAGUUUUUUCUUUUUUUAGAUGCUUGUCCAGUUAUAAAUACCUUUAGAAAUAACAAUUUCUAGUGUUUUCAGGUUAUCUAGCAGAUAGCCAUUCCUAUCAUUAACUUUACAGUUUUAUCGACACUUGUUCAGGUAUACAUACCUUUACAAUGAGCAAUUGAGUGUCGGUUAAGUAUGUUUAUAUUGUUGGACAGUUGAUGGGGCACAAUUAAUUAAACCUUAGCCAAAAGCUGUUUAGGUCCAGGAUAGUUUGUGUGCAUUAAUUUAAUAUUGCAUAUAAACAUAAGCCAACUAUCUUUCCCCCAAGGAGUAUGAUAACGACAACUACUGGUUCAGAAAAAUGCUUGUUGAACUUUUUUUUUAUGCUUAAUUUGUGCAUCGUGAAAAUAUCCAUUUCCUUGUAAAAGUUUGCAUCCAUAUUUGUAUUGCUUUUACAUUUUACGGGCAGCAUUUGUACUUCAUUGACACAAUUUGUCUUGGAAACUCCAUACAGAAGCUGUAAAAUAUAAAGCAAUAUUGUCCUUGUAUUAUACAACUUUCAUUUUGCUGUGGUUUUGCUUAUUGUAAGUUUAACAUGGCGUUUCAAACGUUAUACCAUACUCCAGUCAGCAGAGGGACAACUCCCCUACACCACUUGUGCUAAAUGUCUGUUGUACAAGCUCCUAUUGUUAAUAAAAACAUUUAAAUUGUUGGCUUUUAACAUAAAAUUAAAAAAGCAGACCUCAA